AUGUCGCGUUCAAUAUUCGUUGGAAAUUUGCCUUAUAGCGCACGGGAACAGGAUGUGGCGAAUUUCUUCUGGCAGUGUGGGCCGGUGACGAAUGUCCGCAUCGUACUCGAUCGGGACACAGGUCGACCACGUGGUUUUGGAUUCUGUGAAUUCGAAACCGAGGAAGCAGCGGAGCUAGCCAUUGGCAGUAUGAAUCAUGCUGAGUUCAUGGGGCGCCAGCUGCGUGUGGAUCGUGCCAUUUCACGAUAA